UAAUAAUAAUAACCAUGGAAACUGCCAUUUUACCAGAGAUCCAACACGUCAAAAUAUUUUUUUCUUUUUCUUUUUGAAUUCGCCAUUAAAUUUUACUUAUCAUACAUAAAAUUUAGAAAAUUCUAUGAAAGGAUUAAAUUUUCAUAAAACACAACAACAGAGAUGUAGAUAUAACAUCUGACAAUAAUAAUAAAUUGAUGGUAUUUUAAUGCAGAAUAUACCACUGACUCACAUUUUACGGUUGAAAAGUGUGACUCGUUUGUUUCGCAAGGUACUGUACUAUACAUAGCGUUUCCUCAAAGAUACUUUACAAUAAUUAUGUCAUAUGUGUUUGGUGUUUUUGGUUGUCAAAAUUAUUGAUUAUAUUAUCAUAAAAAUAUUACCAAAAUACCAAAACAAAAGAAAUCUGUAGAUGUAUUUUAAUGGUAGCGAUAGGAACAUGCACUAUAUAAUCGCUAACCAACUAAAAAUUUAAUGGGAGUAUUUUGUUCUGGAACGUUUUAUUCAGAUUUACGUACAAUUAAUAUUCAUGUAUUUUAAAUAACAGAGGUAGCAAUUUUUUCGUGAAAUUACCAUAAGAAUAUAAAAACAAUAUGAUUUUACUGCUUUUAAAUGUUAACAAAAUUUUACAUGAGAUGUAGCUUUAUACCCUUUAAGAUCUUUGUCAUAAAAAAAUACAUGGAAAGAAAGCUGUGAUGAAGUCCAAAAUUGUGAAUAGAAAGCACAUGAAAUCUUACGUUUAUUUAUGUGUGUCGGUGAAAGUAUUCAAAACGAAUACUUUGAUCGAUAGAACAUAAGAAGCCAACUUGAAACGUAACGAAAUGAUCAAAUCUCACUUACAUACAGCAUCAAGUGCUGUGAAAAUUUGUUUAGCAAAGUAAAUUGAUGAAAAACAUUAUUUUAAAAGAUACAUUUUCUAUCGAAUUUUUAUAACCUAACGCAAUACUUACUCAAUGAUGUACAGCUGAAAAAUAUUCAAACAAUAUGAAUAUCAAUGGUUCGCUAAUUACAUAAAUUUUGCAAUACAUUUUAUAACAACCCUGCAUAAUUUUAAUCAAAUUAAAAUAAAUAAAAGAGACACUUACCCCAACAUAUGACAAAACGAGUACGAACACAACGAACAUUUUCAUGUUGAGUUGAGAUCAUUAAUGAUUAUGAGAUUUAUAUUUUUUAAACCAUUUCACUCGUUCGAUCCAGUCACGUGACAAGAUGUACAUGAUCUGUCUCCAUGGGGGUGCUGCACAUCUAAUAAGCCAAGCCGCUCGCGUCAACUCUGUAUAUCCUGUUGUCAGGCGCCGAAACUGAUCAAUCGGCGGCUUAUGAAGGCGCCGAAACUGGUCAAUCGGCGGCCUAAGAGCUUCUUCUUCAGAAGUGCGGAAGCGGUACGUAUCGUAUAUUUAUGUUAUUUAAUUGAACUAGCCUUCUUUAAUCAUGGCGAAUUUUAAUUUCUAGGACAAAUCUUUCAAAAUAUAUCUGAAUGUUUUUCGUACGCUCCUAACUAUCAUCGUGUAAUUUUUUUUUUAACGGACAUUUUGCGAUCACCUAAAAUUUUACUAAAUUACUAAAUGACUUGAAUCGAAAUUUAUAGAACUAGAUGUUAAAAUAUAAAUAAAUAAAAAACAUAUUUUGAGAAUAUUUUUUUUCCUUUAAGCUGUCCACAAAAUAAAAUAUUAAUCAAGUUUCCAUAAAAAAAUUAUCAUUGUUCUUUUAGAAUAAAGAAAAAAAAGAAUGAAAGAUAAAAAGAAAUUAAGAAAAAAAAGAAAGAAAGAAAGAGAGAGCAUUACUAAUGUAUUCAAAUGCAUUUUAAAGUAAUUUCCUCUGUUAUUAAAUAUUCUCACAUUUCAUUAAACAGCAUUUUUCAGUAAUGUUUAUGUUUCAUGCUGUGUCAUUCAUGUAUCAUAUUUUUUUUUCUUAUGUCUAAAUGUUAAAAUUGUGUUAAGAAAAUUUCUGAUAAUAGUUCAUAAAACAUAUUCAUUAGUCGUCAGUACCAGUUAUAUAAAUGAAACUGAUGGACUUAAAUAAAAGUUGCAAGAGCAGUUUUGAAAAAAAGGAACUUUAAAUUCCCUCUGGUUUGUGGUCUCUUAAAACAUUCAUAUCCUUUAAUGUUUGUUUUACUUCAUUUCUUUUCUAUGAUAUCGCUCUACAUUUGAUUCACUUUUGAACAGAUUCUCAGAUAACAAAAAAAUCUAGCCUUAUUCUCAUAUUCAUAUAACGUUUAACUAUAAUCUAUAAGAUAUUGUGAAUUACCGAAAAUUACCGAUGGGGCGGGGCAGUGGUGUUCACGGUCCUGGGUUUAAGAAUGUACAUGUUCAAUAUAUUUCCUCGACAGUUUUCUGUACCUAGCUAAUUAAUUUGAUCAUAAGCAAAUAUUGUGUCUAUAAACAAAUUUCAAUAAAAAUAUGAAAUACUUAAUUCAUUAUUUUGUUAAAACGAAACUGAAUUGAGAAUAUUUGUAAGUAUUCAAAGCUGAAAAGAUAAAAAAAUAUAGCAAUUAAAUUUUAUAUGUAAACAAUGACUUCGACAACUUUAACUUUAGAACCGCCCCUAAAAAACUUCUGACCAAUAAAUGAAAUUGGCGCUAAAUAUUGUCCAAUGAGCGUAAAUAUUAUGAUUGUCGCCUUUUACCUAGCGUUACAUGACCGACAGUUCUUCAGCAGUCAGGACGUUUGUUCAUAACAAGAAAUAAAGUAAGUUUAAUUGGCUUUUCUCUUGAAAUAUUUUAUUCUUAAUUCUAGAAGUUAAUUACUGGGGUUAUAAAGUAAAAUAGAAAAGAAUUUAAAGUACUUUUAAUUACAUUAAGUCUGGUUCGGGGAUAAAAAAAGGUUCGGGAAUAAACUUCGGUAGCCCAAACAAUUUGGUCACUAUUAAGAUAAAUAAAUUAAAUGUACUUGAUAAAUUAUUUCGUUAAAAAACCAACAUGCAGACGGUCACCUCGAUGAUAUCUUAAGAAAUUCGUAAAACCAGAGACAUAGAUAAUCGUUAUGCUGAACUGUUUAACAAUACUUUUAUUUGAUUUUCUUUUAUUGGUACUGUAUUGUGUUUUAAAAAUAACAUCUUUUUUAAACAGAAGAUGAUGUGGUGGUUAAGACGUUCGGUUACUGGAGAAGUUUACUUGCAUAGAGAUGAGGAGAAUCAUCUUGUGCAGGAUGUACGAGCUGGGAAGUACUUAAAAGAAAUCGAUAUAUUAUUAGAAGAUGGAGUGGUUAAGACCCUUAGCCUUGAGACAUAUAAGACUGAAGGUGGUGCCCCGAAACCAACAAAGAGGAGAGGUUUUGUUGAGACAUGGGGACAGAACUUGCCUUCACUUGAUUGGCCGGACCAAGAGAUGCAGAGCUCACAGAAUAGUGAUGACAGUGCGACAACAUCAGCUGAUGAACACAAUACAGAGAACAUUCCCCCAGUUAUAGCAGGUAGUCACGAGAUAUUUCUGGAGGAAAAUUACAGAGGUGAGUAAUAGUUUUAUUUUUGUAUUUUCAGAAUGUAAGCCUAUUUUUGUAUAAGUAGAACUAAAAGGUAUGCGGUCAGUUACAUAAAGACAAAUAGACAACUGAAAAAUGUCAUAUU